UGAGACCGAAUCGACGUGAGGACGUUUGACUAUAAUUCAACAACAACAACAACAACAGGAAACACAUUUUGAGCAAGAAGAAAACACUAUUUAUUUGCAUCCAGCUUUAAAUUGUUAAAUCCUAGUCGUCACAAGAACGGAAAUAAGUAAACAAGAUAAGGCAUGAAGACUGACUACAAAGCCGGGGAUUUGUCGAAGCUUUUAGCUUCUGCUAGUCCUAAAUCAGCCACACCAGGCCAAGAUACGCCAUCAAAGAAGAAAAACAAAAAGAACAGAAAAUCUGGACUUGAUACACCUAUAAGUAAAGAACAGAUGAAAACACCAGAUAGUAAAGUAAAAAUCCUGCAGGCAAAUGAUGGUACUCCUGGUGAAAAAAAAGUUAAUACUCCAGGUGGAAAAGUUGGUACUCCAGGUGGAAAAGUUGGUACUCCAGGUGGAAAAGUUGGUUCACCAGGCGGGAAAGUUGGUAUACCUGGCGGAAAAGUUGGUACACCUAGCGGAAAAGUUGGUGCUCCAGAUGGAAAAGGUGGUACCCCAGACGGAAAAGUCGGAACUCCAGAAGGUGGUAGCAGUAAGAAGAGAAGAAAUAGAAAAAGGAAAAGUAAUGCCCAGGAGACACCUGUGAAUAAAGACAUAGAACAGACAAAAAACAUUUCUUCACCUGAUAAGCCAGGUACACAUAACCAAUCUGAUGGGACUCCCAUUGGGAAAAAGGGAAAGUCAUUUGGCUUUUAUAAAAGACUCGAAAAGAAGAAAGAGGAAAAGCAGAAAGGCAAGACUGAAAACGGAGAUGCAGAAGAGAUGGAGGACGAUGCAGUAAAUUCUCCAACUUCAAAAAACAGAAAACGUAAGAACAAAAGUAACAGUUCUGAGGCUGAUGUGGGUAUGAAGAAGGCGAAAGUUGAGAAGAUUGAAUCUGACAGUGACAGCAGUGACGAAAGCAGUGAUGAGACCGAAGUGAGCAUGAAGAAGGCUAAAGUUGACAAGGUAGAAUCUGACAGUGAUAGUAGUGAUGAUAGCAGUGAUGGGCCUGAAGUGAGCAUAAAGAAGGCCAAAGUUGAGAAGGCUGAACCUGACAGUGACAGCAGUGACGAUAGCAGUGAGUCGGACGAUAGUGAUGAUAAACCAAAAAAUAUUGUUGAGAGGACUGUGGCAAAAAACCCUAAGGCUGGUGGUGAUGAUGAAAGUGAUGAUGAUGAUGAUAGUGACAGUGAAGAUGAUCUUAGCUACAAGAAAGAUAUCAAUACAAUUGAAGAUGUGAAAGCUUUUGGUCCUGAUGAUAGUGAUGAUGAUGAUGACGAUGACGACGACGAUGAAGGGGAGGAGGAUGAAGAUGCCGGAUCAGACAGUGAAGUUAAGAAGAGUAAAGGAGCUGGUUUUUCUCCACCUAAAGGGAUUGUCCAUGAGUCUUUAAAGAAAAAAGAAGUAAAAAGGAAACAAGACUCUGAUGAUUCAGAUGAAGAUACGGUUCCCUCAAAGAAGGCAAAAAUAGAAGAUGCUCAACAAGAGAAAGGAACCAGACCAAGGAGAGAUAGAAAGGCUAAAACUACUAAUGAGGAGUUAGAUGCAAGAACCAUAUUUGUUGGCAACUUGCCAAAAGACAUUGAGAGAAAGGAAUUUGAAAAAUUAUUCAAACCAUUUGGUGCCAUAGAGACCUCAAGAUUCAGGACAGUUCCUAUCAAAGAUCCAAAGAAGCCUAAAAAAGCUGCAGCUAUCACGAAGGACUUCCAUUCUCAGCGCAACAACUUCAAUGGUUAUAUUUGUUUCAAAGAAGUUGAGUCAGCAAAAAAGGCACUAUCAAUGAAUGGGACAUUGGUGCACGGACUUCAUAUCAGGGUAGAUAUGGUUGGCAGACAAACACAGACAAACCCGAAGAUGUCAGUGUUUGUUGGAAAUCUUCCUCUUGAUAUCGAAGAAGAACCUGUAAGAAAGCAUUUCAGUGACUGUGGUGAGAUAGACAAUGUUCGGAUUAUCCGAGAUAAGAAAUCAUGCCUUGGGAAAGGAUUUGGUUUUGUCACAUUUAAGGAAGAAGAUGGCGUGUCCUUCGCCUUGAAAUUGAAAGGGAGCAAACUGAAAGGUCGGAUUGUGAGGGUUGAACCUUGUGCAGAAGGAAAGAAGAAGAAGCAAAAGAGAGAGAAAAAUAAGGGACAGAAACAGAAUAACAAAGGAAAAGAAAAUGAUGGUUCAUCACCCAAAGCUAAGAUACCUGGUGAAUCACCCGUGGCUAACUCAGAGGAGAAAGACAAGAAAAAGAGGAAAAGGAAUAAGACCAAGAGAUCAGCGAGCAAUGCUAGCAAGAAUCCAUUCCAGGAGGAGAAAGAUGAAGCGACUAAGGUGAAACAGAAGACAAAGAAAGAUAAAGCAGAGAAAAAACAACAGGGAAAUGCAGCUUUGAAGAAUGAUAUUGAAAAAAUCAUGAGUGAAGGAAAAGCAGAGUCUGAGAAAAGUAAAGGAGUGUCUAAUGAAACUGACAAAUCCAAUAAGUCUGGCAAUAAGACUUUUGAUAAACAAAAGAAAUUUAACAAGGGCCAGAAUUCACCUAAUAAGUCAUUUGAAGGUAAAGGGCCAAAGUUUGGGAAAGGUAACAGUGACAAGUUUGAGAAGAAAUCAUUUUCUAAAGGGCCAAAUUCUCCUAACAAAUCAUUUGAAAAAAAGAAAGGUGGAAAUUUUGGAAAGAAGCCUGAAUUUAACAAGAAGACCUUUAACAGUCCUACUGUCACCAAUUCAGGGGGUAAUGCAAAACAUAGAAAGUUUGAUUGAUACUGCUCUUGUCGAACAGAAGUUUAAGAGAUGUUUAAGUCAAGUAAACAAAGCGGUAUGCAGUUUACUUUAAACAGUAUCAAUCUUUUCAGAUUUGACCAAGCAUGAAACUGUUUUACUUUAUUAUGUAAAUGCUGGUUUUCUCUGUAAUAAAAGAUGGGAUUCAAAAAAUUGAAGUAAGGGGGUUGGAGUUGAAAACCUUUAAGAUAUACAAGACAGACAAAAAGAUUUUUUUCUGCAAAACUUAUACUUUGACAAAUAAGGUCAUUUCUUUUACAUUUUUUCAUUUCUUUUACAUUUUUUAUGUCUUUUUAGCUCACCUGUCACAAAGUGACAAGGUGAGCUUUUGUGAUCACAAUUAGUCUGAUGUCUGUCCGUCUUUAUGUGACAUCUUCUCAUAAAUUCCUGAGCCAAUUUCAUUCAAACUUCACAGGAAUGUUCCUUUAGUGGUCACCUAUUCAAAAAAUUUAACUCCAUGCAGAACUCUGGUUGCCAUGACAACCAAAUCAAAAAAUUAAAAAAAACUUCUUUUGAAAAAUCCAAACAGCUAGAGCUUAGAUAUAAAGAAUGAAACAUCUUCUAAUGGGUGUCUACCAAGUUUGUUUAUAUAAAAGCCCUGUGGUCAAAAUUGGCCCCGCCCAGUGGGUCAUUUAUUUUCCGUACAUGUAUAUAGUAAAAGCUUGAUAAAAUCUUCUAUUAAAAAACCCAAAUAGCUAGAGUUUACAUGUUAAACAUGAAGCAUCUUCUAGUGCGUGUCUACUAAGUGUAUUAAAAUAAAAGCCCUGGGGUCAAAAUUAACCAAGUUUUUUCAAAUAAAAGCCCAGGUUUUUCCUUAUAUGUACAUUUUUUGCCCUUAGCAAUAGCAACCAGUAAUGUUUUUACACAUGCACUAUUCAGAUACGAAUAUAAACUUGUGAUAUCAGUUUAAGAUUCAGAUUUUUUAUCUGUUUUUGUUUAUACAUGUAGUUUACAAUAUUACUUAAACAUUGUCAUGGAGAGUUAGUAUAUUCAGGGGAGCGAUUUCAGGGCCAUCAUGGCCCUCUUGUUUAAAUUUUCUAAAAUUCCCCAUUUAUAUCAUUUUCAGGGUUAGAUGUGUUAUAAAAUCAGUGAGAAAAAGGCUUGUGAAAUGUUCAUUGAAAGAUGGAACAUAUUCAUAUUACCAUUACUUUAUUUGUUGCAUAGAUAUUGUGAGAAAUUUUAUGUUAUUAUGUAUUUCAGUGGUUAAUUGUUGAGGAAAUAAUAAUAUAUGUAGUUAUGACUUCUCUGAACUUGUUAGCAUGUCAUUAAAUUGUUUUCGUAUUAUGUGUAUGAGUUAAAGAUAUGACAUUUGUUUAAGAUGAAAAGCACUGAAAUUCAUUAAAACUUCUUCAAAACAAA